AUGGAGAAUCGUCCACCUGGACCACUAUCACCCACAGACCAUGGCGAAGGCACACGCAUAGCCUUUGCAAACUCCAUACCGAUCGACCCCACCUCAGCUCAGUCGACCGAUGCUGCCGACACGAUUGACACGGACGAACUCACCGAGGCCGAAAGUCUCGCUCGCUCAAAGUCCACCAAACGCCUUCGUGCCCGGCCCACUCAUGAAGGGCUUACCAUCAAUACCAAACCCACCACCCAGGAUGACGAACGACUUCACGCCAUCGUUGGACAACACCUUGCUGUCACCCCCUCGAUCCCAAAGGCCACAGCUAUGCCUUCGCCCGUCGUUCCUCCAACUCCUUCGCCCGUCGUUCCUCCAACUCCUUCGACGGUUCACAACCUUACGUCGCCACUCGGCCCUUUGGAACGCAUCCCCAUGGACGACGGUGGCAGCAACAUAGCGCGCACUGGUGCAAAUCGACAGUCCCUGUCCUCCUUUGCAACCUCGACCACCCUUUCCGCACCCUCAGGUCUCAUAGGCAAUGGGGCUGACGGCGAUCCACGCGACGAUGCUACAGGAUUGAUGAAGGAAGAGCCUGCUGUCGCCCCAUCGUCCCACUUCAACCUCCUCGGCGCAGAUGUCUCCAAUGACGUCUACAAAUGGCACGAGAAGGAGCAGCGCCGCCAGAUGCUAGGAGGUCGCUCUCAGACCUACCACGCAGCGCCGACCAGUGACGACCCGGACAUUGCCAAUAUCAGAGCCCCUGGUGGAUUCCGACGCCAUUUCAUGCAAGCCGAUGCGGCAGCCCGCGGGGAACCGGCCCCACAUUUGCCCACAAAGUCGUUUAUUCAAUUCUUGGGGCUCUUCAACAUGUACGAGAUGGACCAUUUUGCGGGAGAGAACUUUCAUUCGAUCCCCAGGCGGUCAAUUGUGGUACCCAAGGAUGCAGACAAGAGGAGGAAGAGUCUUUCGGAGACUCUGCAUAGCAACAGGAAGGUGUACCACCCGGGCCAACCGAUAGAUGAUGAUGAGUUGGUGAUUGAGGAGCCAGAUGAGUUGAUCUCCUUUGGCAAAGCUGUCGGCAUGCUGUUCAAAACGUUUAUCGCGAGUGGAAUCCUGUUCUUGCCGAACGCGUUCAAGAAUGGCGGUAUUCUGUUUGCGUCUCUGGUCAUGACCUUGAUUGCAGUCUUGUGUCUUCACUCGUUCUUGUUGCUGGUCAAGUGUCGCGAGCUCCACCCCGGAUCGUAUGGUGACAUUGGACAGGCCUUCUAUGGACGCUGGAUGCGGUACAUCGUUCUCUUUGCCAUUGCCAUCUCCCAGUUUGGUUUUUGCUGCGGUUACUGUAUCUUCUUUGCACAACAGUUCGCAGCGGUGGUUGACAACAUGGGAGGCGCCAACUUGAACAGAAUUGUAUGGAUCGCCAUUUUCUUUGUGAUCCUGAUUCCUUUCACUAUGAUCCGCAACAUUGGACGGUUGGGCUUCAGCGCGGUUGUAGCCGAUAUUUGCAUUAUCGUCGGUCUGAUCUACUUGUACGCCUACGACAUCAAACAGCUGGUCAUCCACCAGGGAUCGCCUACCCCACUGCAGUUGUUCAACAGCAAGGACUUUGGACUCUUCGUCGGCACAGCGGUGUUCUCGUAUGAGGGUAUUGGCAUGGUGAUCCCGAUCUGCAGCAGCAUGGCCAACCCCAAACAGUUCCCCCGCGCAUUGACCAUCGUUCUGUCCGUCGUCUGUGUCCUCCUCGUCAGUUUCGGAGCCCUCGGUUACGCAGCCUACGGGGAUUCCGUCCAAACCAUCGUCCUCGACAACCUACCCAACUCCACAGGCGGCGAACAAGCCGGCAAGAACGCGAUCCAAAUCCUCUAUGUUAUCGCCAUCUUCCUCACCACACCGCUGAUGCUCUUCCCAUGCAUCCGCAUCAUAGAGCAUGCCAUCUUCUCGGUCCUCGGCGAUAAGGACGUGGGAACUACGAGGAGGAUAGUCAAGGAGAAUGUGAUCCGGAUCGUGAUUGAUUUUUUAGUUGCUGCGGUGGCCUAUGCCGGAGUUUCUGAGACCAAGGGUGCGUAG